AUCAUGGCUGAGUUUACCUGAGAUUGCAGCACGGAGCGGACAAUUUCACCCCAAAUCCACCGCGUUACGUCUUAAAUGACCGCUCCUUUAUGUCACAUCGUGUGGUCCUGUUUUAGCCUCAUCUGCCGCUAAAACUGCGGUAUUUUGCACCGCUGUAGAUGGAGCAUAUCCGGCUACCAAAGGUAGAGCACGUGAAGCUGCUCGAUCGCGUGUCCGCCCGAAAGAGCCGCGUGGGGACCCUGUAUCUGACCGCCACGCACACCAUCUUCGUGGAGAGCGAGGACGGCGUGCGCAAUGAAACCUGGGUGCUCCACAGUCUGGUGUCCAUUGUAGAGAAGCUCCCCUCCUCUUCUUCCUCCUCUUCCUCCUCCUCGUCCUCCUCGUCCUCUUUGUCUUCUUCCUCCUCUUCUUCUGGCGUGUCUUUGAUGGUUCACUGUAAAAACUUUCAGCUCUUACAGUUUGUGAUCCCAGAGGAGCAGGACUGUCAGGACAUCCUCUUGUCUCUACAACGCCUCUCCCAACCAGAGUCGUAUGAGGAGCUGUACUGUUUCGCCUACAAACCAAAUGUGGCUGAAGAGGAGAGGCAGAGAGAGUGGGACUUUUUGGACCUCGCUUCUGAAUACAAGAGAAUGGGGCUCCCAAACGCCCACUGGAAGCUGACCUCUGCUAAUGAGCACUACAAGGUGAGUGACACGUACCCCUCUGAGGUCUUCGUCCCUGAGUCAGCCACACUUCCUGUCAUCGUGGGCAGCUCCAAGUUCAGAAGCAGAGGACGAUUCCCCACUCUGUCCUUCUAUAACCAGGACAACCAUGCAGCUGUGUGCAGGAGCUCCCAGCCCCUGUCCGGCUUCAGUGCUCGGUGCCUGGAGGACGAGCAGAUGUUGGGGGCAGUGCUGAGGUCCAAUCCCCGCAGUGAGGUCCUGUAUGUGGUGGACACCAGGCCCAAACUGAAUGCGAUAGCCAACAGAGCUGCAGGAAAAGGCUACGAGAACGAGGACAACUACUCCAACAUCAAGUUUCAGUUCAUGGGCAUCGAGAACAUCCACGUCAUGAGGAACAGCCAACAGAAGAUGCUGGAAGUGUGUGAGCUGCGGAGCCCCUCUAUGUCGGACUUCCUGGAGGGCCUCGAGAACUCAGGAUGGCUCAAACACAUCAAAGCUGUUCUCGACGCUGCCGUGUUCAUUGCUAAGGCUGUGUCAGAGGAGGGUGUGAGCGUCCUCGUGCACUGUUCUGACGGAUGGGACAGAACAUCUCAGGUUUGUUCAGUCUCCUCGGUGCUGCUGGACCCACACUACAGGACCCUCAAGGGAUUCAUGGUUCUUAUUGAAAAAGACUGGAUUUCCUUUGGUCACAAGUUUUCUCACAGAUGUAAUCACAUCGAUGGAGACCCAAAGGAAGUGUCUCCGAUCAUUGACCAGUUCCUUGAGUGCGUGUGGCAGCUGAUGGAGCAGUUUCCUUGUGCCUUUGAGUUCAAUGAGAGGUUCCUCAUCAUGAUCCACCACCACAUCUACUCCUGUCAGUUUGGAAACUUCAUCUGCAACAACCAGAAGGAGAGAGAGGAGCUGGGAAUUCAGAAGAGGACUCACUCCCUGUGGAGUUACCUGUGGACAAACAGAGCAGACUUCAUUAACCCUCUGUACAGACCCAACCACAGCCAAACUCAGGGGGUACUCCGGCCCUCUACUGCUCCCUACUGCUUCAAGUUUUGGAGGGGCCUUUACAAUCGUUUUGAGCGUGGGGUUCAUCCUCGUCAGUCGGUGGAGGACUGUCUCAGGACAAUCAAAGAAGAGACGGAGCAACUGGAGGAGCAGCUGGCCUCUCACAAACAGAAAAUCUCAAAACUGGAGGAACAGAAGUGGACCGGCUCAAUGAAUGUUUUUGACAAAAGCCCAACAGCAUGGAUCUUCACUCCGGACAUAAAAUUGGCCAACACCCCUCAGGACUACGCCUCCUGUUUCCUCACCAGCAGCCCACGGCCAGAAGGGGGCAGUCCAGUUACUCCACAAGAUUUAAACCAGACUUCAAGUUUUAACUCUAAUGGCAGCGAUCAGGAGUCGGGGAUUGCAGACCUGAGUGUCCAGUCACCGUUCAGCGAAGACAGUGCCAGAGAUUCAGAUGAAACGAUCAACUCUGCAGCAUAAGUGAAACUAAAGGUGUACUCUAAAACUAUAGGGGUCUCAUAGGUGCCAAAAACAUUUUAGAAAAUGGAGCUCAACCAUGAUUCAAAUACUAAAUUAAAUUGGUCAUUAAUUUCCCCAAUAUGUUCUAAAUUUCAAAUAUAGUGAAUUCAAAAGCACAAUAUAGUCUAACUGGCUAUAGCCAAUGACUAUCACACAAUGGAAUAAAAUAAAACAUGUGUCAUGGAGGUUUGCUACUACUGUCUACUGUCUGAUUCAGUAGAGUUGUGAUCGCGGAGUGUGCAUCAGUCAAAUUGCAAGGAUCAGGAUCAAAGCGCACAUAAAACGAGGAGUAGCUUAGCGUCCGGCCAAAAUUUUGCAUUGAAGCGAACAUGCGUAAUAAUUGCAUAAAUAACAUAGAAUAACUUUAACAUGUGUAUAUAAAACUUGAAAAUACUGCAAAUGUAUGUUUCAGAAAUAUUUAAAGAUUUUAAGAUAAGAUUAAAGUGUUAUGGUCAUGAGUAGCCCCAUAGCCAAUUAGCCUAUACCAAGCCUUGGAACUCCCAGUUAAAAAUGUCUAUGGGAAAAAUGCAUGACAACAGGUUGUGUUCACGUUUUAGGCUUUGAACCCAGUUGUUAUUUGUUGAAGAUUGGAUUCAGAUUUUGUUUCACGUGGAUAGACCUCAUAAUUACAGAUGUUAACCGCAAACCAGGUCAGAACAUCUACAUUUAGAAAUUUAAAAUACAAAUUCUAUUAUAGCAUUCUGACCUGCCUCUACCUAAGUUUUAACCACAUGAACCCACUGUUGAGCCCACUGUUGAGCUCCAUUGGUUUGUUUUCUAGAUAAUGCAGCCAAUUUUGUAGCAUAAAAACAAUCUUAUGCAAAACUACUAGCAAUGCAUCCCUCUUACAAUUCAGAAAAUUACAUUAGAUCUUUGGGUCUGGUUUAGUGUCGAUUUAGAACAUGUCGAUUACUGGUUAAGCCAUUUUUACACCAAAAUUUAUUAUUCCUUUAUAUCAAUGUGAGAACUAAAAGUAUUGAAAUUACUAUCCACUAUUCAGCAUGCACCCCUUUUUAAAAAGCUAUUGAAAACAACAAACUAUAAGUGACUGGAUAAAUGAUUAUUUUAUUCGUAAAGUUUACUAAAAUUAAAGAACUAUUUCAACUUGUAGUCUGCAAUCUCUACUAUCACCACUAGAUGCUGCCAAAUCUCACAGUCUGCACUUUUAUGCUUGUUGCCUCUUUGUCACUAUUGAGAUGUAUAUGUUUGCUCUUAAGGCAUUAUGUAGUUUUAAACAAGUAGAUAUCUUAACAACUUAUGCAAGCACCUUUCCUUUUUUGUUUUAAUGGGGACUAGCUUUGAAUUGACCUGCACUUUAUUUUUUGUGUGUGGUUUGCUUGCUUCUCAUACAAAAGAAGCGCUCUGUGUUAUGCUAUUGUUAUAUCUUAAAUCGGGUAGUAAUAGAGUUUGAAUUAUGUAUCAGAUGUUGAAACUGUGAAAACUCUAUGGGCCAUAACAACAACACACAUUAAAAUGUACAUGAUAAAUUUAACUGUAAUUUCUGAAGAAUUAUUUGCACAUUUUGAUCACUGAACAAAUCUUACUCCAGAGUACUGCAACUGUAGUACUGUAUUCAUUGUUACCAUCAGUGAUUGGACACUGGCAAAGUUGUAUUGCAAUCAUCACUACUUUAAAAUCAUUGUUAGCUCAGAAAUGGGAAAUAAAUUUGUAGAAUUUGGGUAGGAUGCUUUAAAGACUUGUUUUGUAACUGCAUUUUAUUUUUAUAAGCAUGUCUCAUUUGUUUUGAAUGUGAUACUAAUCACACCAUGUAGCCCUUGUGACCUCAAAUGAGCAAAACCAUCAAUGCUGUUUAAGCAUGUGUUAUUUAAGCAGUUUAUUUUUGUACGGUUUGUCAUUUUAUGAUUUUGGCCUUAAAUAAAAUGGAAAGGUUUUCUGUU